AUGUCGGCCAAGGAUUAUUACGGUGGCCAGGGCGGCGGCUACCCUCAGCAGGGUUACGGCGCUCCUCAGCAGGGCUACGGUCAGCCUCAGCAGGGUUACUACCCACCUCCUCCUCAGCAGGCUUACGGUGGCCAGCCUCAGCAGGGCGGCUACCACCCUCAGCCUCAGCCUCAGCCCGUCUACGUUCAGCAGCCCCAGAAGAAGGGCGGCGGAGCUGGCGGAGGAACUGCUUGCUGCGCCUGCUGUGCCGGUAUGCUCGCAUGUUGCUGUCUCGAAGACCUCUGUCUUGACUGCAUGUUCUAA